GAAUGAAUAUUUCUAGAUAGAAAAUGAUUUAUUCCGGCAGUAGUAGGAGCUCCAGUAACCUUCUUCAGCCCUAUUAUACACCCGCCAGAUCUCAAUCAAGCCAGGGAUACUCUUCAGACUAUAGAUUUCCUUUACCCGACCAACAACAGGAGGUUUUGCCAACUACGUUAAUGAGCUCGCUGAAUAAUCUUGUAAAUGAGAUCUCUGAAAGAUUAGAUAACACGACACUUUUAGAGUGCAAACGAGAGAAGAGAUCUUGUUCAAUCAGUUCAUUUCUGCUUAAUCCGAAUUCGUUGGCAUCUACCAAUACUUCACCCACACCAUCACCCAGGUCAGUUUACGUAUUGGGAGAUUGUUCUGGGCAGAGUUCAGUCGGAUCUACAUUUUUCUCCCCUGGGCAUGGUCUAAGUCCUGCACCCUCUCCCUGUAGCACACCUAGACCAACUAGAUCCAGUCUCAGUUCUCCCUGUGGCCCUAAAGGCCGCCAACGAAGGGUGCGAAGCAUCGCUGGUUCAGAAAGAAAACUUUCAGAUCAGAAUACAGACACAGACGACAUUCUUUAUUCUCUAGGAUUUAAUCCAAAGUUAUAUCAGAAGAACCCGGAGGAACAAGAGGAAAAGUUUCCAGAAAAUCAUUUGGGAAGGAUAUUCUAUAAUCUCAGUUAUGAGGUGGACAAGGAGACCCUAUCUGUCAGAAUUAUCAAUAUCAAGAAUCUUCCAAACAAUCCUAAAGAGUUCGGUAAAAUCUACAAGAGUUAUCUAGCUGUCUGCUUACUUCCAGACGAGCGAAGCGAGAGAAAAGUUUACCAAGCAGUUGAUAAUUUCAG